AAACGCAAGAUGAUCCUCACAACUUGCGCCGCCUGUGCCGCCCCACUGGCCCACGACGCGCCGCGAUGCGUGCGCUGUAAGCUAAGAUACUGUGAUGCCACUUGCCAACAUGACCACUGGCGCCGCGGCCACAAGCAGAUGUGUAAGAAAAUACACCGCGGCGGCAACGCAGAACAGUAUAAUGCAGACAAAAAAUACAAGGAGGCCGUCGCGGAGGCGGUCGAGGCCUGCGCCGACGACACGAAGGGCCAGACGUGCUACAUCUGCACGCAAGCUCUCCAUUGGAAGACAAAGGAGGGCCUCGUGCGCAUGUGUGCGUGUCGCGGGACGGCGGGUUUUGCCCACGUGUCGUGUCUGGCGGAGCAGGCCAAGAUUUUGUUCGCGGAGGCCGAGGCGAACAAUUUGGACAAGAAUGCGUGGAAUGAGAGGUGGAAGCGGUGGCAGAAAUGUAGCUUGUGUGAACAAGAUUACCACGGCGUCGUGCGGUGCGCGCUUGGGUGGGCCUCCUGGAAGACGUACUUGGGGCGGCCGGAGACGGACCAGAUUCGCCGCAUGGCGAUGAACCUGCUUGGGAACGGCUUAUACGCUGCAAAUCGGGACGAGGAGGCGCUGUCCGUGUUCGAGGCCAAUUUGGCUACGCUGCGGCGCUUUGGUGCACCAGAGGCCCACUUGCUCGACAUGAAGGGCAAUCUUGCGAGCACGCAUCAUAAACUCGGACGGCACAAGGAAUCGUUAUCCACCACCCGAGAAAUCUAUGCUGGAGUCAAGUCACUCUACGGUGACCGCCACUUUCGCACGCUCCAGGCGGCCUUUAAUUUGGCACUUGCGCUCAACAAACUAGGGAAGUACGCAGAGUCCGAAUCAUUGCUGCGCGGACCAAUCUCGGACGCUCAACACACGUUCGGAAACGACAACGAGUACACGCUCGAUCUUCGCUCGGUGCUCGCAGACACUCUGGCUUGUCUCGGUGGCAUCGAUAAUCUGCGCGCGGCCGUGGCUAUGCGCGAGGACGUUUAUAAACGCACGCGGCAGAUCUUUGGGGCUCUGCACCCGAUGACACAACGACGCCAGCGUCGUCUGGAAGAAUACCGGGCGGCGGUUGCGCAGGGUUACACUAUCGUACGCGAGCACCGUGACGGCGGCCGGGACGACCCGAACCCCUAG